GUUUCCUCCAAAAUUAUGGACGGAUCAUGUCAACACAAAGCUUUCUGCAGCUGCCGUUUUGAUUCAGAGAUCAUUGACUAUGUAAAGAACAGAAUCGAAAGCUGUAUCAAAAAGUUCAUGAGUUUGGAAGAAACCGUUGAUCAUCUGCUGAAGAAUUACCAGAUUAGCCACAACCUCACACGAUCAACUUGGGAGCAGCUAGAAAGAGAGAGCCCAAUUUUCUUCAAGAAAUACUACUUAAGAUGCAAAGUUGCUUGGCAGACAAAGAUGUUCAACGAUAUGCUUGCAAAGCAAGUAUCUCAGAUGAUCGAGCUUGGAAAUAUUGAUAUCUGUUAUACAUCACCUGCAAUCUUGACUUUCCUUACGAAUCACCCUGAAGGAAUCCGUCUCUUGGAUAAGCUAGCUAAUACAUCUUGCUACAAGACAAUGGCGAACUCUGCAAGCUUAGCAGCGUCUGGUGCAUAUGGUUCAUCAGAUAACCAUCUUGUAGCUCCAACCCUUGCACCAGAAGCUACGGAUCUAACAGAUGACUAUCCUGGAGCUUUAACAGUUGCAGCAACAGCUACUGAUCAAUGGUGCACAUCUGUUUAUCCUACUUGUAAUGAAAAGACUCAACCUUUGUCCCUCAUUAUAACGAACUUGGAGCUCCAAGCAUUGCACCAGCAGCUACUGAUCACUGAUGACUAUAUUGUAGAUCCAACCGUUGCACCAGCAGCUACUGAUCCUGCUGGCAACCAUCUUGAAGCUCCAACAACUGAUCAUUGGUGUACAUCUACUAAUCCUGCUGAUAUUGGAGCUCCAAUGCUAGACCACCCUUCUACAUUUGGACUUGGAGGCGAUAUUGGAUAUAACGGCCUAGGUUUCCAGGACAAGGACUUAGAUGCACAAGCACAUGACUUAAUGCAAUCCGAUGAACAGCUAAAGGACCGAAGUGGACAACACCAGCCUCAGUUUCAGCCGCAACAGAACUUCCCACUGGAAGAGCAACGAACACUGGCAUAUGAAGAAAGCCUUGACCAAUUAUGGCGUAGCUUUGACACAGACCAGUCAACGCCAGCGAAUACAAGCAUUGAUCAGCAACAAGCAGGAGGAGUUAAACGCCGUCAUCCUGAAUCUGAAGCUUUGAACAAUCCAUAA